AAUGUCAUUAUUGUCUAUUUUCUAAAGUAUUUUACUGAAUUAGAUUCAUUACUUACCCAAACAACAAAGGAACGCCCAAAUCUAAUUUGAAUCUUCUUAAUUUCAAUACAAAGAAUAUCUAAAGCUUCGUUGUACGAAAUUUACAAAAUUUCUUUAAUCGAUUCGUGGACAUUUGAAUAAGAAAAGUAAUCCUAUCCGGGACAAAAGGUAACCCUAUCGGUCCUAUCACGUUCAGAAACAGCAUCGAUUUUAGAAUUUCCCCAGACGUAUCCCAUCAGGGUCUUCCUUCAUUCAAUAGGAAAUUUAAACUUGCCAGCAUUAGUGAAUCACUGCUAUUGACCGCGAAGCGAGAAGGGGUGGGAAGAGGUAGCCAGAGGAUCGUCUGUCAUUUGUACGGAAUCACCCUUAGUAUCCCUCGGACGUUCUAACACCGUGGGUUAGUCACGCGUUUCCGUAUUUCGAGUAUCGUUUGAAAACAUUCGCGUUAACAGUCGUCCGACGGUCUGCGACAUGCAGAAACAUAAAUCUCCGGGAUCGCUAUAAAUUUCCUGUGCGCCACGGUAUAGUUUCUCUUCGUCGAGUUUCCCGGUAUAGCCGAGCGCGCGACACCGAGUCAGUCGAAACUUUAAAUUGAUAAGAGUUAGCCGAGGACAAUAGAGGCGAGGAGCUUCUUGAACGUCUGCCAGUGCCAUGCACACCAACGUCCGAUCAAUCGUUGUUUCAGACGCAGAGUCGACGAGCGCACCGCCGCCGGUCCCGCCUAGACGCAAGAAGCGGAAACCGAAGCCCGCGGCGAUCGCUAGAUCUCCUGUUUCGCGAGAAACUUCACCGAGCGCGGCUCUCGGGAAGCCGGAUAGAAAGCGUUCGGCGCCUCCUCCGCCUCCGCCGCGGACAGCUCGACGAAUCAAAUCCCGUCAGUCAGAGGGAAGAGUUUCGAACGACCCAGAAACAGCCCGUGCCGAAGAAACGCCGAACGAUCGUGUUUCCAUUAUAAACGAAACGCGUAAUAACGAAAAGAAUUCAGACCGUGUCGUAGAUUCGCCAAGAAAAUCACGACUCGCGUUCACCAAUAAGGAGACCAACAAGUAUCCUCCGCUCUUCUUCACCCUGCACGACUUUCAAAAUGUUAUGUCAAGCACGUUGCAACAGGAGGACGAUCCGCCCGACAAAUCGUCCACGGAGUUCGCCACCUCCCUUAACGAUCCUCGCCGCCAAUCCUUCGAGAAUUCGUUGGACGACGAAGAGAACGAACUCUGUUUCCGUGUCACCACUACGAAUCUACCGUUCGAGAGGUGUUUGGACAGAUGGACCGCCACGUUUGCCGACCACUUUAUCGACAAGUUCGACGAGUCGAAUCGUUUCAUCUUCGAGGACUACAUCGACAGAAGCAACAAGGUAAACGUUCGUCGAUCGACCGGGCCGAUGUGCUACGACAGCUACGAAGAGGAGCCCUCGGUUCCUCGUUUGACCAAGGUGAGAUUCGUGAUCGAGUCGCCGAGCACCUCGACGCCGGACGAGGACGAGGAACUAGCCUGCGAUAGUUUAGGAAACAUAGAUCCUCUGCUGGACGAGGAAGUUAACUUCUGUCGCGGAUCUUCCGUGCGAUUGACCGAGAUCGCCGAUGACACGGAUUGUUCGGAGGGAAUCGAGAAUGAGAGUCGUCGGGAUUCAGAUGAAUUUGGAGAUGUCCCCCUCACCUCGAUCUUGAGGACACGAAAUCAUUCCACCGAGCGGAUGUCGCUGGAAGAUGCCUCGAAUGUCAUUGAAUUCACUGAUCAAGAAUCCUUCUUAGAAUGUGAAAUUACUCGAAAUGAUUCUAGAGACUCGUUUCACAGCUCCAGCUCGCAGGAUUUGCAAAAUGAUACACUUUUUCCUAAGUUGAAGAUUACGGAGGUCAGCAAGGCUUGGUUGAAUCUGAUCAAACCGAAAACCGAGUGCACUGUAGUGUUGGCAGAGAUUAGAGAAGAUUGUUUAAUUGAUAGAUUCGAUGAUUCGAAUGAAGGGAAGAAUGAAAAUAAUAACACAAAUGAGAUUGAGAGUGAUGUUAAAGAGUCGAUGAUGAACGAAAUGAAUGCUAAUGUUGAUCGAGAAGAAGAAACCGUUGAAGAAAAUUUAGAAAUUGGUGAACAGAAAUUGGUAACAGGUGAGAUUGAUGAUUUCAAUUACAGAUUGACAGUAAAUGAAGUAGACAAUGAUAUCCUGAAAGAAGAAUCAGUACUACAUGAAGUGAAAGAUGAAUUUGAUGAAGAACAAAAAUUGGUAACAGAUAAAAUUGAAAAUUUUGAUCACGAACUAACAGAAAAUGAUAUUGUUAAAGAAGAGUCGGUAUUAGAUGAAGUACAGAAUGAAGUUAAAGAAGAAACAAAGGAAAAUGGACAAAUAAUAAAUAAUCAAUCUGAUAAAUCGACAACGGAAUACAGAAGAAGAAUUUUUGUAAAUGAAUCAUUACGAAAUCUGAUGAAUCGUCAGGAUUUUUCAUCGAAUGACUUUGGAGAAGAAAAUUCAAGUUUAGAGGAGAGUAGUGAAAGUUUAAACCAACCUGAAGAAGAUUCUCAAGGAUCGAGUAACAAAAACCCCGACGAGGUGAAAGAUAACAAAAUUAUUACAAAAGCUGAAAUUUUUGAAAGAAAAGAAAGCAUCAGUGUCCCAGUUGACGUUCGAAGAAAUUCUUUCCUGGAAAAUAUGCUGUCUAAAGAUUCGGAUCAAAUCUGGACGAGUUGUGAAAUUGUUGCUGCUCAUCCAAAAACAUCUUCCUUGAUAAUAAAUGAGGAAUCACCUUCAGAAAAUAAAAUUGCAAUCAGAUUAAAUGAUUCGAUAAGCAAGGACCUAGAAAUCCAACAAAUUUUACAAGAAUCUAAAGCGUUGUUAAAAAAGGUAGAUACUAGUGUUCCAAAAUUAAUCAGACCUAAAAUCAUCCCUCCAUCGGAGGAGAAAAAUCCUGGCGAGAUAAAGUGCAAUGUGUUAAACGAAUUGCUGUCCAACUUCAACAGUAUUAAAUUGAAGCCAGUGAAGAAAGUCAUCGUUGAAACUCUUCCUCAAAUGACUGCUUCUAUUCACCAAAAUGUGGAUCAACAGAACUUAGAAACUUCAAGAAACCUGGAGAAUUUCCAUGGUAAGAUAACCAAGGAAACUUCCGACGGAGUCUCUGACCCAAAACCAAAAAUGCUCUCAUUGGAACAGGAGGAUAAGAUUAUCUCUUCGGUAUUUAAAGUUUCAAAUUCAAAUGACUACGACAAUAAGAUUCAAGAAUUACCAAGAGAAUCAGACACCAGCGUUAGGGAAGAAGACCCAAAGAAAUUAACAAGAUCCUUGGAAGAACCAAUUGAAAUGUCAGAAAUGAAUCUAUACAGAGCCAAGAUUAUCCAGAACGAAGAUUCUUCAGAAUCGUCGAAAGAUACGAGCGAGGAUCGCGUCGAAUUGCAGGAUCAGCAGGCAUAUGUUGAAAAUAAUACGGAGGUCAGCGCGAACCCUUUGAAAAGUGAAAAGACUGACGUAUCAGUACACGAAUCUGACGAUCGUGAUCGCGGAGAGGAAGAAAAUAUGAAUUAUAAUCGAGUUGAACGGUUAGAUUUAAGAAGCAGGAGGACGUUUAGCGGCGAUAAGAAGAGUGCCAUAGUUAGGAGGAUCCCCCGACCCCGUUGUAAUAAUAAUGACAAUAACAGGGCAGUAACACCCGUAGCUGUAAGUGACGACCAAUCCCGUGACACUGUAACAAUAACCCCAGGUAGAGUUAGGAGCUUCGUUAGGUAUUACGAGAUUCGACGCGAGGCGACCACCGCCGACAAAGAUUCUAAAGAUAGAGAUAAAUUAGAUAGAGAUAAGGUUGCCGGACACCGGUCGGUCGUCAGCAUCUGUAGAGGCCUGGAGGCGAAAUCUAAGUCCUCCGACGCGAAGGACACCCUACGGGCAUCGCUAAUGGAGAAGAAUCCGGAAUCGAUCGGUUGUCCCGUGUACGUGGAUCGCUUAACCGACGAGAAGUCUAACGUCGAGGAAUUGAAAGACGAUUCAAGGAUCAGUUCGUCGCGAGAGCCUUGCGGCGAUUCGUACGCGCAGUCCGGUAAGAAGAAGAGAAAGAAGUCGGUGAAAUUUCAAGGUGGAUUCACGGUGAUCGGUGCGAAAAGUCCUGACAAAGAUCGCUCCUCCGGGAGUCGGGAUACGAGAACUGGAAGGAAAAGGGCUCCCGACAGGCCGACGCUGAAAGGAGCCGUUUUCAGUGGGAAAGUGGAUCGCCAAGAUGCCGAGAAAUUGGCGGACGAUGACUCGCGAAUCGAGAAACGAGACGUUGCUGCUCAGAUACAAGCCGCAGCGGAAUGCAAGGAAUGUUCAGGUAUUAAUCGCUUCGUUCCAAAACCAGAAACCCCACGCCUCGUAUUUUAUUGUACUGUAUAGUUAAAUUGUAGUUUCUAUAAGUCGUCGUGGUCGUCGUCGUUCCCCUCGAAUCUCACUGUGAGAUCUUCCCGCGACAUUUUUAUUACGUCCCAGCUGUAUCAUUGUUUCGCAAACGUUCUAUUCUUUUUUAAGGGUCUUAACCGAAGAACAGAUUUUGCAAUAUAUCAUUUUUGUAUCUAACAAAUUAUAUAUUUCUCUGUUUCAUUUAGAGGAAAAUUGAAUUAUGAUAAUAUAGCAAAUGAUAAUAAUUAUUUUGUAAAAUUUCAUUUUUAGAAAAAUAGUAGAUUUGCCAAACGCUAUAAUUCUUUAUUUAGCAAACAAAAUAGUCGAGAAUGUGUUGAGAGAAGAAUUUUGUGUUUAACUACACCAUUUGUCCAAUGCACAUUUCCUGUAACGUUCAUGGUUAAAUGGUAACAAGCAGAUGUUCCCUUUUCCCAAGAGGAUUUAGAAUUAUCGCGGGUUCACUGGGCAAACAAAUUUUUCGGUCAACUCCAUUAGUUGUCUUUGGUCUGGAUUUAUUUAAUUCGGCUCUGUUAGAGGUAAGCACGUUUCCACGGUGCUUGUCCUUGCAAUUUCUUGCAUCAUUUUGUUCCACUUACUUUACGUGUUUUCGGCUAAUACGGCUUUCCUAGAUUUAUUACACCCUCCAGGAAGAGGAACAAAAACCCUGCGUUCUGUGGCUUUGUUCGAAUCCCUGCUUCUUGUGUGACGUAAUGACCUGUCGCGACAAUUUUGUAAAAUACCAUUGAUUGAAGUAGAUCUAACAAUUAAUAGGAGAAAUUAUAAACUUUAAAUGAAAAUUCUUAUCUUCAUUAUCUAUGAUUUAAUUUUAGUGUUAUUUGUUGAGUAUGUUUGGUAUAAUUGAUUUUAAAUAGUAUUAUUAUUGAGUUAGUAAUUUAAGAUAGCUAAUUGAAAUCAUUCGCAUUGUGAUUCAAUUACUUCAGGUAUCAAAAUUAGACUUGAUUAGAUACAAUUAGACAAUCUAUUUCUUUUUUUUUCUUUUUUAUUUUGUAAACAGUUCAUUGAAGAAGGAAUAGUAAAUAAUGAAAAAUAAAAUAUAAAAAAAUAAUUAUAGAUAAUUAAUUAGUUUUUGUAGGGUGAUAAUUUAAUUCUUAGUAGAAGAAUGUGCAGUGGUAGUGAUAUUUAAAUUAAGAAAAUAGGACAGCAAUCGUAAGAAACAAAGUGUUGUAUAUAAAAAAGAGAAAAUGGAAAUCUGUUCUUUCGUUAAGCUCAAUUUGCACGGUUAGUUUCCGUUCUCCGAUCGCCUUAGUCGUCUAUGUUAAACGAAACGGCAAACAGCUUUUAGCUCUGUUAUUGUCGCAACCUUCCUUGCGCAUCCUUUCUAUAGGAGAACGUUGUUUUUUCGGAGAUAAAAUAUCGUAACGCAGAUUUCGCGCGCGUAUUAACCCCAUUGUUCUGCGUGUAUCGUGUAAUCGUAACGUAAAGGUGGAAGUAAUUUUACGUGGUAGAGUAGAACAUGGAAAUACUAUACUUGUUGCGCUGUUUUCGUUGCGUAUACGCGUUCAGCUAUUCGAUUUAAAUACACGUCAGUAUUUCAGUGUCGUAAAAAGUGCUGUCAUUUCGGUGCUCACGAGUCAUUUAUGUGUAUGUACCGUGCGAGGAGCAUAACAGUCAUUAGAGUGAAAAUGUCACAUAGUGAAACUUCGAAUUAAUUCUUAAAUUUCAAGCUUCCAAUUUACCAAUUUAUAUUGUUGCUGUAAUAGUUACUUUUGUUUGAAUUAUUCGAGUACAUGGAAUUCGCACUGCUGAUCACCGGUGAUCCCCCAUGGCAUUCAACGUUUUAAUUAAGGAAUCCUAAUUGAAGAGUACAAAUUAACCCUUUGAGGUCUUCUGUCUGCAUUCAAUCGCCACAUCAGGGUGAUUUUUGGAAUAUUUAUUAUUUUUCAGUUAUGCUCUAUAGGAAUAUAAAAAAUAUUAUAAAGAUCUUUUAAACAGAUAAUUAAGCCCAUAAUUAGCUAGGUUCAGUGCUGCAUAAACAUGAUAUUUUGUGUUUUUCCAUUUUUAAUUUUUAGUUAACCAUUAGUUAAUCAAAGGAAAAAUUAUUUAAAUAAUUUUAAGGU